CGUUGCGCUCCUUUUACCAAUGGGGACUAUGAACAAUUGCAAUUCAGUUAUGUCAACAUAUACACUUAUCUGACGGAUCAAGUAAACACGUCACAGUGCGAGCUUGGUGUCUGUUCUGCGAAGUCGGUGAGUCGCUACCUAGCACUAACCUGAUCCAAAGAUAAUUUCAUAACCAAAAAGUAGGUCACCUUCGUUAAUUUGGCUGCGACGUCAAAUCUGUAAAGCUUUGAAAGACCACGUUGCAAAUUGUCUCCGCGUGGUGCUAUACUGUUGGGCUGAGACUGUAAGCCAGCUUAUCUCAAACGAGUACAUCCCUUUCUGCGUGAGGCCUAGACUUCGUCCAAGACGGUAAGGGUUCUGGAGCUGCAAUAUGAAGGAGGUGCUGCUCUACGAGUUUCGUGCUACUGCUUGGUGGGCUUGGUGAGGAGAGAUGCGCCGGUGACUCCGUGGACGUGGAACCGAGUUUGUGGCUGUGUCAACAAAGAUUUCUGUGGCAUGACAAGAUUUGCGUUCGACAUCUUAUGACAACGUCCAGUUUGUGAUGCGGGUCAACUUUGCCUCUUCUGACGACACUGCUGAGGGUCUCGACGUUUCUCCAGAGAUCACUCUUGCUGAAAGGGGUUCAUGGGAAUCUGGCUACAUCUAGGAACCGCAGCAACUCGCCGUCAUCGUACCUCCAGUCUUCUACGCAGCAUUGCUUAUUCCUUGGCGAUAUUUUUGUAGGUCAAUUGCAUUGAUCUGGAUCAAGAACUCUAACGCUGAGGAGCCGAUGCUGAGUGCCGUCCCGUACCCAUGCAAGAGCUGAGCACAUGUCGAAAAUCCCAAGGUGGUAUGCGAAUGAACACAAGAUUUGACCGAAUUCGAGGAUUAGAAUACCACGCCCACUGAGGACGCAGGCUUCUAAGCUCUGAAUUUCCGAUUCAUUUCCAAGCAGAAAUGACGAAAGAUGGCGCAAAGGGGGUGUCACUCCCCGGAAAUGCCAUCUUGCUCGGUACUCUGGGCACCGUGGUCAUCUUCGUGUGCUUAUUCGCGAUGGACGUUGAAACCGUAAUUGGCUGGGCGAAAUAUUCCUCGCAGAAAGCAGUUGCGGACAUCUCGAGCAUAAGAAACAACCAACCUGAAAAGUCUUCUUCAGAAUCAGCUUCAGUUCGCCGUGACGCACUGGUGAAUAUAACUCAUGACCCCACAUGUCUUGCAAGGACACAACAUCUUCUCUACCGGAGGGAUCCCGAACGAUUCCAGCCACUGCCAGAGUUCGACAAAGCAUGGGAUCGCUACGUCGCCAUGCACCAGUCAUGCACGCAGGGUAAGAAUUGGACGCAGGUAUUCCUGCACGAGCGGAACAUGACAGUCGACUGCAACUAUAUGAUUGUCAUGGAGGGCAGCGGCGGGUUGGGGAACAAGCUGCUGUCGCUCACUUCUGCAUUCGCUUACGCACUAGCAACAGACCGCAUCGUGUUGGUGGAGAGCAGAAAACACUUCAAGGACCUGUUGUGCGACCCAUUUCCGGGAUCCUCCUGGUACUUGCCAGAAGGUUUUCCGUAUGAUAAUGUUUGGGGGAACGCAACGAGAAUGAACGUGGCAAUCUCUAAGAAUUUCACCGACGUCGACAAUUUUGUUCGUCUCAGCCUCGACCACAUCCAGACAUGGGCUGAUGGCCAGUUCUUCUGCGACCACACACACAACGGCCUCGCGAAGGUGCGGUGGCUGGCAUGGACCAGCAACCAGUACUUCAUCACGCGUCUUUUGAUGAUUCCUCGUGUCUGGGAGCGUCUGAACCCCUUGGCUAAACCCGGGCAGAUUUUCACCAUUCUCAGUCAUAAGCUUCUGCUUCCCAACAACAAGCUUUGGGCGCACGUUGUCCGUCUGUACUUCGCAUACCUUGCAGGAUCUUCUCGACGAGUUGGGGUGCAGGUUCGCCUUCAUGGGCGACCCAACCUUGCUGAAUUCGACCCCGUUGUAUAUGACCGAAUCCUGGACUGCCUUCAAACCAAUCGGGCACUGCCAAAGCUACGAGAGGAAGAGGACGUAUCAGAUCUAAUGUCGUUUGCCCGCAACGGAUACGAGGGUUCAACGGAGAUCUCGGUAUUAGUUACGUCCCUGCAGCUUCGUUACUACGACGAAAUGAAGGAUUUAUAUGUAAACAGACCAAAUGUGAACGGCACCGUGAUUCGCUUCCACAUGGUUUCUCACUUGGAUCGUCAGGACGGGUCCAUGCACCAAUCCGAGACUGCGUUCGUCGAAAUGUGGCUGCUGAGUUUCAGCGACGUGCUUUUAAUCAGCCGUUACUCAACAUUUGGGUACAUCCCUCAGGGGAUUGGCGGGAUCAUCCCGUCUCACCUCAACACACAAACAGUCCCACCGGGUCAGGAAAAUAAUGCCUCAUCAUGCCACCCAGGUAUAUCUACCCAGCCUUGCACCCAUUUCCCCCAGAAACCCAGAUGUGAUCCUGGCUCCACCGGAAACGAAUCGCACAGAGAGUGGAUGCGGUGCCACGUCCGAGAAUGCGUAGAUCAUGAAGGUGGGCUGCAACUAGUCCAGGAAUCAGAGCAACCUAAUGAAAGCGCAAGACUCUGGGGCGACGUUCUACAGAGUUAGGAUUCGGCGAUCCUCGACCUAAGAUCAUGGCCAGCUUUUGCCAACCCCAGGUUCUGAUCCAAUAUUUCGAAGGAUCAGUAGCCUCCAAUCUAGUUGUUCAGAAACAGCACAUGGGUACGCGGCCUACAGUCCGCAUCGACAUGAUACUGCAUCCCUUGGUUUCAAACCGGAGACGACGUCCAUGGAAGUGCCCGGGGAUGGUGUUACUGAAAUAGGAAUUCAUGCAUUGGUGAUGGAGUUGUAGCUUGUGCGAUCGGCAAGGUGAAGGGCAUGAGUGAUGCACAAAUUAAGUUUGGUGUUUUUGAUUUUCAACGCCCCUUCUUUAUUUCCUCCUAUGUCCCCACUACGUAAUGCGCUCACCCAUUCCUUCCUUUGCCUCCAAACCCACCUGAAGCUAUGCAUGCUCCUCUUGCGCUGUGUUUCAGUAGCGUAAUCUCCGUCUACUCGGCUCACAAGCCCACGCGAAGCUGUGCACGAUCCGAUUGCGCUCAAUCUCCCCGAAUUGUGAACAAUUGUUAAUUCCAAAGAAGUGUUGCCAUCUUAGAAUCGAGUUUAUCAGGGUGAAAACCAGAAGUUGUCAUAUGCAAGUUAGUGAAGGACGGUAAAUUUUGCCGCUUUGAUGUUGAUCCCUUCUGUAUCCGACAAAAUGCAGUGAGACCUUAAUUUCCUUUCUCAGUGCCUGCUAGAUGGGGACAAUGAGGGGGUGGAGUUUACAUAUGGUACACUGCUAAUAUGGAUUCUAGAAGAGGAUAUGCUUUUGUGAGAGAAAGAAGAAAAUUAGGGCAAAAUUUACGGAAAUUGUUAGAUGGAGUUAUUUGGAAUUGUACAGGGUUGGUACUUGUUAUAACUCUUGAAUAAGUUUUUUGAAGACCAGAAUUCUUUACCGUAACUUUUUUUUUGAUUAUUUAGGUUAUCAAAUGCUCAUUGAACCAUCAUUUUUUAUUAGCUAUAUUAGAAUUACUGAGAGGAUUUUUGGGUUACAGAUUUUUUGUGCUCACAACUGUUCAAAAGAGAUUGUUGUAAAAUGAUGAAUAUUUUUUUUGUGGUC